UUUAUAAAUUGUUUACAACAAAAAAUUGUAACAAUUAAAAUUUUUGAUUGUUUAUUAAAAUGAUACAAUACAAAGACUUGUUUAUUUCAUUAUAAAUUCUUAACACUAAUUAAAAUCAUUAGAUAUAGCAACAAUGAACUGUGGAUGAAAAGAAAUUAAAACACAGAGAAAUUUCACUUGAGUUUAUAAUUUCUUUACAGACUGUAGUGUACCGGAUUCCAUAUGAAAACAUGGAAUUAGGUGUCAAGAAAAACUACAUUGGUGUUACUACAAGAAAUUUUGGAGUUAGAUUGAGAGAGCACAAAUACAAUGUCAGUAAGGGAUCCAAUACCACAAUACUAUCUCAGAUGGCGCAGGCUGAGGGCUCCGUAGUAAAAUGGGAGGAAGCAAAUAUUGUUAAGCCCGUGUACUUCCCGAUGUUGACGAUGAGCGCAAAAAAGAUGGAAAUUUAUAAGAGCAAGCUGCAUGAUACGUGCAUUAAUGCUAGGGAUGCUGAAGGGUUACCAUCUGCGUGGAAGUACUUACGAAACAUAAUAAAUAUGUUGGAUACAUAUCAGAUAUGUUUUAAUACUGGAAUUAUUGGCUUCUCAACGAAGCAAGCCACCAAUCUACUUAAUAGCUUCAUCCCGUUUUAAAUCAGAAUGGCGACGUUUACAGAGAAUGAACAGCUGUAAGAUAAUACUUAAACAAGAGAGGGGACAUCAGUUCAAGUAACUCGAUCCAAAAUAUUAAACAAACUGUCUACUCAGACUGACCACCAAAAAACUUCAUCAUUUAAUAAUAAGCCAUUAAUUAAGAAAUUCCAAAUAUAAACGACACUCCUCCAAUGUUAAAUAUCUAUAACAUAUAAAAAAAAAUGUAUCUACAUAUACGUAAAUGGUUUCGACGUAAGCAAAUUAAGUUGCAAUCCAUUUUCUUUGGUAGUAUCAUUUAAAUUUAAAACUGUCGAAACGGGAUUUGGACCGUAGAUAUCAGGUUAUAUAUCACUGAUGCUGAAUUAUAAUACAGUUGAUAAAAUUACGAAAGCUGAGUGACGUAAGCUUCUAUACAAAAGUGACACCAGUCCAUUCGAAAGCUUCAUACUUCAAAAUGAAGCAGAACGUACGCGAAGGAAAAACCUUAUACAAAAUCUUACCUGCACGAUAUGUGUUGGUUUUCUUUAUUUUUUUGGUAUGUAUGGAGAUGUAUGCUCAUAGAGUCGUGCUGAACGUAGCUAUUGUAGCCAUGGUAAAUAAUUCGGCGGUCGAGAUGAGCGAAACUGAAAAUACUCUACCUCACGAAUGCCCUGAUAGUGCUGAAAAUCAAAAUAUCACGUAUAAUUAUAGAGAAGGAAAAUUCGUUUGGAGUCAACCCGAACAAGGAAUUAUUUUAGGAAGCUUCUAUUAUGGUUAUGUCAUUUUCCAGUUUUUGGGAGGUUCUGUAGUUCAUCUUUUAGGUGCUAAGCGUACUUACGUCAUUACUGUGUUUUUUUCGUCGGCGUUAUUGUCGAUAACACCACUUCUAGCCGAACUCGGUGUAGCGGCCUUGACAUGUCAGAGAGUUGUCUUAGGAGUGUUGCAGGGACUGACGUAUCCAUCAGGAUUUACCAUACUUUCAAGAUGGUCUCCAGUUAACGAACGAAGUACAUUAAUGGCUAUUUGCGUGAGUGGAAAUUUAGUUGGUUCCAUAAUUUCCAUGACACUGUCUGGUUACUUGUGUGAAUAUGGUUUCUCGGGUGGUUGGCCUUCAACAUUCUACGUUUUUGGUAUUUAUGGAUGUGUUUUGUCCCUCGGUUUGUUAUUUUUUGUAUAUGAUUAUCCGGAAGAAUUUUCCGGCAUUACUCAAAAAGAGAUUCUUCAUAUACAACAAAACUCGAAUAAUAAUACUAAUAAUAUUAAGAACCAGAAAAUUCCUUGGAAGAGUAUUUUAACAUCUGUACCAGUAUGGGCGACGUGCAUUGUAAAAAUGUUGUUUGCUUGGGGUUUCUAUACCUUUCUAUCAAAAUUACCAUCGUAUCUCGAGAAUAUCCUGCAUUUCCCAAUACAGCAGAAUGGCUUAAUAAACGCAUUCAUGUAUUCAGCGAAUACGUUUGGCCUCAUUAUAUCUGGUUACUUAUCAGAUUUGUUUAUUAAACGUAAAUAUUUCAGCGUAACAAACGUCAGAAAAGGCUUCGAGACACUUUCUAUUAUAGGAACCAGUGCAUGCAUGAUAUGCAUUCCUCUGGUUGGAUGUGAUUCAACAAACGUCAUAAUAAUACUCGUCAUGACAACUGGCUUCAUGGGUCUUGUUGGUGGCGGUGACAACUCAAUCAUUCUGAACUUAGCACCUAAAUAUACAGGGCCGUUGUUCGGAUUGACUAAUGGAAUGGCUGCAGUUUCUGGCUUCUUAUCACCGUAUAUAGCUGGGCUGUUCCUAGAUAAAAAUCAAGGAAGCAUGGUGCAAUGGAGUUACGUCUACUAUCUCUCGGCGGGAUUUUGUUUAUUGGGGAUGGUCAUCUUCCUGGUUUUUGGCUCAGCCGAAUUGCAACCUUGGGCUGAUAACGAUUCGGACGAAGCAGAAGAAGAGAAAAAAGUUGUCUCCGUAUCAAAAUAGGAUGUUGCAAUGCCAAAUUUAUAAAUUUUUUUAAAUUUUAAAUUUAAAGUAAUAAAAUUAACAAUACUGUGUGAGAAUAUAACAACAUUUUGUAAAUAAA